CGCAGUCGAGGGAGGGAGGGAGAGAGGGGGGAAGCGGGAGCGUGCUUUCCGUGUCUGGUUAGUGGACUGACAGCCAGCUGUGCGGCUACAACGACAACAACAACCUCUUGGAUUUGCUACAUACAACUAGAUAAGUGUUGGUCUGCUACUGAUCAUAACCGUACACUAUAUCUAGUUUUUGAAGUGAGGACUCGGCUACACAAAGCUACAACCAGUACCAUCGGCGGUUUCCGUGCUAACUAGCUAGAAGAGCAUUCCUCCAACAUGAAUCCGUUGUGUGGCAGAUGUAAUCUAGUCGUUUACCCCACGGAAAAAGUGAAUUGUCUGGACAAGUACUGGCAUAAAGGAUGCUUCAGCUGCGAGGUCUGCAAAAUGACUCUAAACAUGAAGAAUUACAAAGGCUUUGAAAAGAGACCAUACUGCAAUGCACACUACCCUAAGACAACAUUCACCUGUGUGACUGACACUCCAGAGAACAACCGCCUCAAACAGCAGAGCAAGAUGCAGAGCCAGGUUCUCUACAGGGAGGAUUUUGAGAAGAAUAAAGGGAAAGGUUUCAGCGUGGUCGCAGACACGCCAGAGAUGCAGAGAAUUAAGAAAUCGCAGAAUCAAAUCAGCAAUAUUAAGUACCAUGAGGAUUUUGAGAAGAAGAAGAUGGGAGGACCGGGCCCAAAUCAGCAGCCGAGCAGCCCCAGCCCAGGAUACCAGCCACCUGCAGCCUCUCAGAACUUCCACUAUGAGCCCACUCCUGCACCGGUGCAACAGGCGGCCGCCGCACCGCCUCCCAGCGCCGGGAAGCGGUACAGGGCAGUGUACGACUACUCUGCUGCCGAUGAAGACGAGGUGUCCUUUAUGGACGGAGAUGUGAUCAUAGACGUGCAGCAGAUCGACGAGGGCUGGAUGUACGGCCGCGUGGAGCGCACCGGCCAGCAGGGCAUGCUGCCUGCCAACUACGUGGAGGCCAUCUGAGUGAGAGGGAGAGAAAAAGAGGGAGAGAAAACGGAGGAGGUAGAGAGAGGGAGGGAAAGAAGGAAAGGAAAAAGCCCAGUGCCAUCUCAUCUUAAUGCCGCUUUCUCUUGAUUUUACUCUUGUCCCCUAAUCUGUUCCGUGAGACCCUGAAACUCUCCCCCUCCCCCCCCCCUUUUGCAUUCUUGCUCUGCUCUCCCUGUUCCACCACAGACACCCUCUACCUAUCUGACUGUCUGUCCUUCUCUGUCUGCCUGCCUGCCUCUUUGUCUGUCUGUCUGUGCUGAUGUCCGUCUCUGUUUGGAUGUUCGUCAUCCUCUUCAUCUUUUCCCAAACCUGACUCCUCUCUCAAGUGCUGUCACAAGUGGAAAAAUCUAAGUCUUAAAAGAUAAACUCACAGUUCAUCGCAGUAUGUCAGGGGUCAUGUCGUGUCACACAGUUCCAUCCUAGCUAUAGCACUUAAUCCUAGCACAACAUCAUGCAAAAAUUAGGAAGAAAAGAAAAUGUAAAAAGCCUCUUUUUCCCCCCACGAGUCACCACAGCUGCAGACAUUAUUCUGUGGAGGAAAUACGGUUGAAGUAUGGGUGGGUGUGGCAUUUUCAUUAGCUUGUUUUUGUUUUGUUUGUUUUUUCUUUAAUAUUGCAGCGUGAUCUUGGCCAGACUGGAAACACAGUGUAGAAUCUCAAGUCUAUCAAAACUAUGCUUGAAUACUUUUGACUUAUGUACAUUCCUUUAACCUCUAACCCUGUUGCACCAAUAAGCCAGUUAUCAGUCUUAACAGAGAGGUUUUUAAUAUAUUUAUAGAUUGACACACAUCUCGCCAUUGUGUGUGCUACGUAGGCACCCUCGCGUUCAGCACUGCAUUGUGGGUAUCGUUGUGAUACUGGAAUCGUAGCCUAACUGAAGAGCACCUCCUGUCGUUGCCUUUCUCGGGCGUGUCGGAUACAGGAGGGAUCAGGGACAAGUUAGUGGACCUUAUCAGUCCAUCUCUUGCAGCCACACUGAAUACAUCACCUCUGUCUGUGUGGAUGUAGAGUGUGUACACCCUUUUUCCUGUUUCUUGCAGCCUGAACGCCUUCAGUCCUGAGAGAAUCACAAAGUUAUGGUGGAAAGGUUAAACUGUUUGGAGAAAGGAGAUGGGAACAGGUCAAGUCCUUCCCCCUUUUGCUACAAAAUCACCAAGAAAACACAUACAUAAAAGAGAAGGCCAAGCACAACUCUGUAUUGAAUUCAUUCCACUGUUUUUGUGAGUAAACAUUCCUGUCUUUAUUUUCCAUUUAAUAUGAGAGAAAUUGUUGAAUCGUUGGCUGUGGUAAAUGUUGUUCUCAUGCUGUUCUAUCUUUGCCUUUCUUGUUAUUGUAAGAUGCUUAUUUUCAACAACAGGAAGCCAGUGUAUUAAAAUAAACCAGCAACUCAAUUUAUGAACCAAGGCAGAAGUGUUUAUCUAGACUUGUGCAUACACAGUAUAAGAUAAAUUGUGGGAUUACUCAACCUGCAGGUUCAGGUGAGAACAGUGCUGGCAGCUGGAGAAAUCAGCCGAAUGCUCGCACGUUCAAGCCUGUUUCUGAUCAUUAGUGAUGGCCAAAAGAAGCUUUGUGAACCAUUUUCUCUUUUUUUCUGAGCCCACUAGAUGGGGCUCUCCGUUCAACAAAGGGUUGAAAACACUGAAUUGCCAUUCCUUUAACCUUUUUCUUUGAACAGAGCGCCAUCUAGUGAGCUCAGAAAAUAAAGACAAUGGUUCGCAAAGCUUCAUUUGACCAUCACUACUGAUCAGUGAAUCUCUCUUAUGCUGUUUAAUAUUCUGGACCUUCUAAGAAAAAGUCAUGUUACAGAAUGGCAUUUAAAAUACACAUGAAAUUAUUAAUUAUUUUAUGCCCUGGUCUUUAAAACAUUCAUAAAGCCAGGCCCGUCACCUGUAUGUUAGGGCCGGCUACUGAUGCAAGACAGGAAGUUUCUUCUUUUUUUCUGGCAGGUGAAUCCCAAAAUUGUUAACUAUUUUUGAUAUUUGACAAGUGAUCAGCCAAUAUUUACCAGCAUUUGGUUGGUGGUGGUCACUAAGAUGUAAAGAAAGGUUGGUUCAUAAACACAAAAUCAAGCAUUUAAGUUGCUGGCUAUUGCACGGAAAUGCUGUAUCAUUCCUUCACUCUAGAUACUGUAUUUCUGGGAGGACCUUAUAUGAUUUUAAAAAAAAAAAAAAAAAAAAAAAAAAAUUGACCAUUUCUCAGUGGUGUAAAUAAUCUUAUUGGCCCCUGACCAUACCCCCCCCCCCUUGCUGUUUCAUUCUCCUGUGAUGCACUGUGACUGCCACAGACAUGAGCGAUCAGGGCGUUCCGUUUUUAAGGUGGGGUGGAGCCGUUCAGCUUUAUUUAAAGAAACAAGGCUCUCACUAUGUAGCUAGAUGACAUUGUACAAUUGUAUAUGUAUCAUAAAGGUUAGUUAGGGAAAAUGUUUUUACAGGUCAUGGUGCUCUGGAAAGUGGCUUGCCUGCAGAUUAAAGGGGUUCAUAUUUUUUGUGAAUGUGACUGAGGGGACAUAAUGCGACUUUAAAAGUUGACAUCGAAAAAAAAUCCAGUUUGGUGCAAGUUAGUGUUGAACAUGACAACAUUUUGCAAGUUUCUAAUGUGGUGAAUCGUGACAGUGCUGAUCACCGAUUCAGGAAAAACCCCCACCUCAAACAGGUUUAUACUGUAGGUUGCCAGACAAACAAAACAAAACAAACACACUGUAUGUAUGCCUGUAUUUUGCAUUAACCUCUACUUGACAACAGGACAAGUUUAUUUGCAAAACAGAUGCUAGAUGGGAAAGCUGUUUUAGAGCUCACAGUUGUGUUUUCUUGGGUAAACUGGAGUUUGGUGGUUUGGUUUGUCUUGAAGUGAAAUGAUUGCUGUUCCUGGCUUAUAAUGAAGUUUGCUUAAAUUUAAUUUAAUCACAAAGCUACUUACACUGGUGGCCUCUGGUUACUCUGCAGAUUACAUCCAGUCCAAACUUUCUUUUGUGUCGAGGGCGUUGGUUAUGACCGUUGAUGUUCUGAAUGAAAUGGAAAAAAAGGUGGCCAAAGACAGGCCAGUGUUGUGUAAGUGUGGCUCAGGAUGGAUUUGUUAAGGCAAGGUUAAAAUUUAGGCAUGUAAGUGUGCGGGGGUGGGGGGGGGAUGACCGAGGGCACUGACCUGAUGCUCUCAAUCUCUGAGACUGAGGCUGGGCAAGUUGUUUGUCUGACCUGGAUAUUAGUCAGGAGUUAACCUCUUUGCGCCAAAUACCGCUCUUCUGCUCUGGCAUCACUCACAUACUGAACCGUAACUUCAUAUCAUAACCCUGUUUAUGUCUAGUAUCCUGUCCACCUGUCUGCUGAGAACCCCUCUUUCCUUCAGCCUUCAUUGUAGGCUCCUGCGCUUCUGAUCAAUCAUUCCCUGCUUUUAUGAUACUGGUUAUAUACCGUAGACUUCGCAGAGUGAAAUCAUGUAAUCCACAAUCGGGUUUAGCAUUCAGACCGGUUUUGUGCAUUCCAUCUUAAAUUGUUUUGUUUUUUGUAUAAUUUUGUUAUUUUUUGAAUAAAAAUAAAGAGACCAUAUGCAUAUUGACAUACAGUAGUCUUGUAUUCAAAACUCAUUCUGAAUACAUACUCAGAAUUAAGGACCUGAUAUCAUCUCCUCUUACCCUGUUACAGCACUUCAAAUUGUACUUAUGAUUCUGCAGAUUCAAUAAAAUGUCAUUUUUUU